AUGGCCUCUAAAUGUGGGAUGCCUUUAGAAUACUGUGAAUUCUCCCCCACUCCUGAAAAGUGUAUGGAAUGGCUUGGAAAACACUUACCUGAUGAAUUUGAAAAACUUAAAACAGGGGAUGGAAAAGCUAGCAUUUCUACUUCGGCUGAUCCUGUCCCAGAAACUGCUAGUGGAGAAGCUGUCACUAAUUCAGCGCAAAAGCCCUCCAGACAAACUAGAGGAGGUAAAGCGAAUACAACUUCUGUUAAGAAAAUUACAACCAAACAGCAGAUCCAGCUAUUCCGUUCACCUCGAGGCAAAAACAAGUUUACGACAAGUGUUGUUGGUCUUUCUACUUUCGGUAUUUGUCCAUCGACCAUUAAUUUUUUGUAUAAAACUGCUCUAAUUAAAAUAUUCUUACAUAUCCUCUAG